AGUGAAAUGAUCGUUAAACAGCGUGUUAUCUGGAUUAGUUUAGUGGGCCUUUUGCUAUCAAGCAUAAGUUUAAUUUGUUUGAUUAAAUUCAAUGAUAUCCAUCAAGGAGCAUUGGAAUGGUUUAUGACAUUAAAACCAAAUUCAAUGAUAACCAAUUUGUGGGAGAAUCCCAAUUUGGUUAUCAAUGUGGAUCUAUAUCUCUUCAAUUGGACAAACUCAGAGGAUUAUAAGAAUCCUGAGAUAAAACCCUCAUUUGUGGAAUUGGGUCCAUAUCGGUUUACAGAGAAGAUGCAAAAAUUAAAUGUAGUUUGGAAUGAUGAGAAUUCUACAGUAUCAUAUUUACGGCGAAGUCGUUUCGAUUUUAUUCCGGAGAAAAGUGCGGGCAAUCCGAUGGACAUAAUUGUGACACCAAAUUUAUUAAGUGUCGGUAUACAUCAGAAAGCGAUGAGUUGGAAUCCAGUAUUGAGAACCCUUAUGCUAAUGGCUUUAAAUGUUUAUGGCAAUGAGCCGACUAUGAAACGUCAUGCUAAAGAUUGGAUGUUUGAUGGUUUCGAUACACCCUUGAUUAAGAUGAGCAAAAUGGUACCAACUAGCAUGGUGCCAGAAUUAAAAUUUCCUUAUGAGAAAAUUGGAUUCGGCUAUCCACGCAAUGGCAGCACAGAGAUCUAUGGCCAUCACAAUGUCUAUACGGGUCGUCAGGAUUUCAGUAAAUUGGGUCAAAUAGCACGCUGGCGUUAUGAUAAUGUAUCCUUUGCCAAUCCCAAAUGUCAUCUUGGGGGCAGCACAGGAGAAUUUCAACCUGUACCACUUAAGAAGCAUAAACCUAUAUCAUAUUUUUUGCCCGAAAUUUGUCGUGAAUUGGAAGUUGAUUAUGCCGAUACCAUUACCUUUGAGGGCCUUGAGGCUUUUAUCUAUAAGGGCACAGCCCGAAAUAUGGCAAAUGCAACUGUGAAUUCCAAUGAGAAAUGUCACUGCAUGGAUAAUUGUAAGCAGGAACGAACAGGAGUAUUGAAUGUAUCAACCUGUUGGUAUGACGUUCCUGUCUUUGCAUCGUACCCGCAUUUCUACAAGGCCGAUCCAUUCUAUGUAGAGCAAGUGGAGGGCAUGAAACCAGAUAAGAAUCGUCAUGAAAUGACAGUGAUAUUAGAACCCAAGACAGGUAUGAUAUUGGAGAUAAAAGCACGCAUUAUGGCCAGUCUAUUGGUGGAACCAAGACCCGAAUCAGUCUAUCGAAAAUCACGUCGUCACUUCUUUCCUCUCAUUUGGGCUGAUUAUAAUGUACGCAUUACACCUGAUUUAUUGGAUCUUUUGAAAUUAGUACCCUUGUCAAUAACUUUGGGAAAAUUCUUAUGCUGUUUGGGUGUAAUAUUAGGAUUAAUUUUACUACUCUGGUAUCCAAGACAAAUCCUAUGGAAGAAACGUCUAAUGAAAACCAUAGAGAUAUCUGGCAUGGAGGCGCGUUGUAUGUCAGAGCAAAUGAAAAGUUGUGUUAUCGAAGGAUCACCAUUACUUGAUGGCCUACAAUAUGUUCCCAAAGAGCCGGCGGGACGAGCCAGUUGAAUUAGUUUUUACCAAUUAAACUCAUUAUGCUAAUGUGAUAAGGAUAUAUUUUAAGGGAUUAUUGCCUUAGUUUUUUGGCUUAAGUGACUAGUUGAUAUUUUAUUUCUUUUAAUUGGGUGUGU